AGAGCCAAUCGCUUAAUCCAGAAACUGAAAAUUUGCUGCAAGCCUCGAUUUUAAUGUUUUUAUCUCACGUGAGUUUUAUCACAAGGCAAUGGACUUGAAAGUUAUUCUCAUGGUUUUGCUGGGCUGCUCUGCAGCGUAUUUCUCGUCACCUGCUGUGGCAAACAAUUGUUCCGUUAUUUCAACGAAUUUGACGUUGGUGUUCUGUGGCCAUCACAACACGUCACAAGAUGAGUGCCUGGGUCGGGGAUGCUGUUGGAAUUCUUCUUCUAAUGCAAAUGCAGUUAGGUGCUUUGGGAUCGCGAAUAAUCAGUCCAGAGCCAAUUCAACACACACAACCAGUGUUCCUAUGACAACGUCUUAUGUUUCAAGCACCAAAGCUCCUCUCUCCACCCCAGCUGGUCCCAAGAGCACGUGCCAGGUAUAUCAUGGCCAGGUGUGUGACCAAUGGCUGAACUACACUAUGCUGGAGUACCGCUGGUCCCCGAGAUUUAUUGACAGCAGAUUCGGACUGAAUGGAACCGAGCGUGUGAUAUUGGAGUUUAUGUACGCCAUUAAUAGGAUCGACGGCCAAGAAAAAUGUAAGGACAUAUUAAAAGCUCUCCUCUGUUUAUACGUUCUGCCACCGUGUAAUGAGAACAAUGAACGGUAUCACUACUGUAGAGAAGACUGUGAAGUUGUUUUCCAAGAGUGUUAUUCUGCCAUGAGAGAAAUGCUUGGAGCUGCAAAAUACAUUUUGGAAAAACUUGGUAUUGAGUUCGCACACGUUGGAGUUCCUGACUGCGCCAAGCUGAACUAUUCUGAUAGCUAUAAGGCAACUAAUACCACCUGCUUACACUGGGGUCUGUUCGAUUUCUCUACUGCUGAAACAGUAACAAACGUGCCACCCAGGUCACACACGGCCGCUUUAGCUGGAGCGGUUGGUGGGGUCGCAGCACUUAUUGUUUUUGCAGUAAUAAUCGCUUGUAUCUUUAAACGGCGAAAGAAAAAAUCGAUGCAAGGAUUCGCGGGCGUCACUUUCACAGCCUUGUCAAUGAGAGACAGAAUUAGAGCCGAGGCUAUGCGCGCCCUCGACGAGAGCAAGGUCAUGAGUCUGUUUAAUCCUGAUGAUAUCAAACAGCUGCCGCUGACCAGUAUAGAAUAUGUCAGGGAUCUUGGAUCCGGGAACUUUGGUUUGGUAUUUUUAGGAAGAGCAUAUGGUUUAAUUGAAGGAAAACCCGAAGCAGAAUUGAUGGUCGCUGUCAAAACAUUAAAAGAAGGAUGCUCGACGGAAACUAAAGAAGAUUUUUUCAAGGAAGUUGCAUUGAUGUCCCUUCUGCAUCAUACAAAUAUUGUUGAAUUGUUAGCCGUGUCUACUGAGGAAGAACCGUAUGGAAUGAUCUUUGAGUUUAUGGAGUUAGGAGAUCUUAAUCAGUAUCUAAGAAAAGCUGGACCAUUCUUUGAAGGCGAUGAGAAGGAAAGAGUAAACCUUACUCAAGAUGACCUAAUGUCAAUGUCAUUACAAUGUGCCGCUGGUAUGGAGCACCUGCAGACUCUGAGAUUUGUUCACAGAGACGUUGCUACUAGGAAUUGCCUUGUGGGUACUGGUCUUAUUGUAAAGAUCUCUGAUUUUGGAAUGUCCCGGGAUAUCUACGCUUCUGACUACUACAAGGUGGAAGGACAAGCUGUGCUUCCAAUCCGCUGGAUGCCUCCUGAGGCUUUACUGUUGGGUAAAUUUACCGUGGAAUCUGAUAUUUACUCGUUUGGUGUUCUUCUGUGGGAGAUCUACACACUGGCACUUCAGCCUUACUAUGGAUACACCAAUGAAGAAGUCGUGGAAUUUAUCAAAAAGGGAGUACAUCUUGGGCAACCUGAAGACUGCCCAGAUCACGUGUAUCAAAUAAUGAAGAAUUGCUGGCACAAAGAGGCUUCACAGAGACCAAACUUUACCCUGAUGAUAGCUCAGCUUAAACAGGAAGUGAAUACACAUUACGACUCCCUCGACUCGCCGUGUGUUAGUGACAAGCAACCGCUGUAUCAGAACAUCGGCGUCUCUUCAGAAGAGAUAAAUGAAGAGCACCCCGUUGCCGAACGAGCAGCCAGCAAAAUUUCCCAGCCAGCUCCAAGCGCUCCACAGAGUAGUGUUCCCCCACCCUCCGCUUACAUCAACGUCGCCUGCAAUCCUGGUUUCCAUAGUGAUGACGAAGACGGAGUUUUUGAAGAAGGCAUUUUGUAGGAACAUUAAGAAUAGAGACCGAGGCUGUUAAAGAUCAGAUUUUAAAUCUUUAUGGUUGUGUGUUUUUGAAGAUACUGCCUAUCAUUUUAGGUAUUGGUUUGCCAGGUACUGUUAUUAAGGCCUAGACUAAAAAAAAGAUAGAGAAAAAUUAAUUCAAUAUCGAGAGAAAUUGCUUUGAUUUACUAGCGAGAGUGUUCUCUCCUCCUUUUCAGCCAAUCAGAUUUAAAAAUUUAAGUCUUGGACGCAUGCAUUUUCCCGCGCUUAAGACGCAUGAAUGCACGUGGAAUUUUCAUUGAUGAUACGAUUUUUUUUUGGUUUUAAUUUAAAUACUUAAUAAGAAAAACGUGUUCAUUUUCCAUUGUAUAACCACUGCUAGAAUUUUGUUAGGAUAAAAAAUCACCUAAAUCGUUGGCUUCUAUAGCUGCAACAGAUUUUAAACCAACAAUAAGUUUGUGCACUUUAUUACAAUUAUUUUGGUCGCUCAGUUGGUAUCGCAGAUCAAUCUGAAAAAGAAAAACCGGGAAAAUUAGGUGAAAAUUUUGGUUUCCAUGUUAUCCACUGACCCGCUUUGAUUUCCCAAUUAAUGUUCAGACUUUUUAUACGAUUUACAAUCAUUUGGAUAGAGAUGAGGUAGUAAGAUCACCCACCCUGUCGGAUCCAAGGGAUUCCGGGAUCGAAUGGAAACCUGGCUAACCAUAAACUUAAGCUCGAGUUUUUCAUUCAGUGACGAGAAAGUUUUCAACAGUUUUCUUCAUUGUUGGGGAUUUAGUUAAAAGCUCCAUGAUUGAUGGUACAGUAAUUAAAAGUAGAUGGUCGAAGUUAAUGCGAAAUGACUGCGUUUCCCACUAAUAGUGGAAGAUGGGUGUGGAUUUCAGUGCUUCUCUUUAAUCGAAAAAUAAAAUACAAAAAUAGGUUUUUAUAUGACUAGAGCAGCUUGAGAAUUACUAAGUACCA